CGAUGCCACAAGCUAGGCUGCUCCAAACCUUCUGUAUGUAAGUGGCAAUGAGAAAGAGCAUCUUUUUGGCUGAGACGAGACAUGUAGAAAGGAUGUUUCUGAUUUUUUGUUUUCAUUUAUUUUUGUCUUCACAGAAUAUAAUCAAUGAGGCAACUUAGCCAGCCUGGGUGAUUGCUUCGAGUCUUGUAAUUAUCUGUGUAGCAAAGUGGGUAAAAUUAUUCAAUUUCUUCCCUGCUGGACCUAGAAGGAGAGGGGCUGUGUGUUCAUCCCCACCCAUUAGCUAUGCCUUCUUUUCUCUGAAUGUCGAUUUAAGGAAGCAAGCACCUGUCUUCUGCCACCGCAUCUUCCUAGCAAACUUUAAAGGCCAUUUUAUCUGAUAGGAAGAACAUCAAGAAUGCUCUGAUCUCUAGUGAUGAAGAAUCUGGGAGUGGACACUUUUCCCAUCCAGGUACAAUGCACUUUAAUUGAAGAAAAACUGAGCUGAACUACAAGUCUAUUUCUUAUGGUGCUGGAUUACUCCUACAGAACUGCCCUGAGAUCAGCCGCGAGAGAGGGCUCUGACAGACACAAGUCACCUUCUGAAUAUUGCACUUAGCUGUCCCUGGGGACUUAAAUUUUGGAAGUGUUCCUUUUCACAUGAAAUCCUCCAGGAUGAUGAGUUCUAAUCCUGAGGAAGACCCUCUGGACACGUUUCUCCAGUAUAUUGAGGAUAUGGGGAUGAAGGCCUACGACGGAUUGGUUAUUCAGAAUGCAUCAGACAUUGCGCGAGAAAAUGAUCGCUUGAGAAAUGAAACAAACCUGGCCUACUUGAAGGAAAAGAAUGAAAAACGCCGAAGACAAGAAGAAGCAAUAAAACGCAUAGGUGGAGAAGUAGGGCGAGGCCACGAAGGAACUUACGCGGGCAAACACUUCCGCAUGGGAUUCAUGACGAUGCCCGCUCCUCAGGACAGGCUGCCGCAUCCUUGCUCCAGUGGCUUCUCUGUGAGGUCGCAGUCGCUGCACUCGGUCGGGGGCACAGACGAUGACAGCAGCUGUAGCUCCCGGAGACAACCACCCCCCAAGCCCAAGAGGGACCCCAGCACCAAGCUGAGCACGUCGUCCGAGACGGUCAACAGCACGGCGGCCAGUAAGAGCGGGAAAGGCCCCGAGCGGAACGAAGUGUCAGCCAAGCCAAGACCCCACAGUGAUGAAUAUUCAAAGAAGAUUCCUCCUCCAAAACCAAAACGGAAUCCAAACACUCAGCUCAGCACAUCUUUUGACGAAACGUAUGUCAAGAAGCACGUGCCCCGGAGGACCUCACUCCCUCGGGACCCCUCCCUCUCCCAGGUCAGCAGCCCCUCAGGGGGCCCCGAGGAGGAGGAACCCGUGUACAUUGAGAUGGUGGGGAACAUUCUCAGAGACUUCCGGAAAGACGACGACGACCAGAGUGAGGCCGUCUACGAAGAAAUGAAAUACCCCAUUUUUGACGACUUAGGCCAAGAUUCAAAGUGUGACCUUGACCAUCACAGUUGUUCUUCGCAGUGUGCUACUCCCACGGUGCCUGACUUGGACUCGGCCAAGUCCUCAGUGCCAUGUACCCCGAAGGGUUUGCUCUGUGACAUCCCUCCGCCCUUUCCCAACCUGCUUUCUCAUAGACCCCCGCUGCUGGUGUUCCCCCCGGCCCCUGUGCAGUGCUCCCCCAACUCCGAUGAGUCUCCGCUCACACCCCUGGAGGUCACAAAGCUUCCUGUGUUGGAAAACGUGUCUUACAUGAAACAGCAGGCCGGGGCGUCACCAUCCUCCUUGCCGUCCCAGGCCUCCGGCCACCCUAAACUGGAGAAAGACCAGGCCGGAGCCCUGGGACCCGUUCCUGCUGCCUCGGUUCUCUCCUCGUCCCCUCCCCCGCCUUCCACUCUAUACCGAACGCAGUCUCCCCACGGCUACCCCAAAAGUCACUCUGCCUCUCCGUCACCCGUCAGCAUGGGCAGGUCCCUGACCCCGCUCAGCCUCAAAAGGCCCCCGCCCUACGACGCCGUGCAUUCAGGCAGCCUCUCCAGGAGCUCUCCAUCAGUGCCUCAUUUGACCCCCAGACCGGUGUCGCAAGAUGGGAGCAAGAUGGUCAAUGCCUCGGUCAAUACCUACGGGUCGGCUCCAAGCGGUUCCCGGUCCAGAACACCCACGAGUCCUUUGGAGGAACUAACCAGCCUCUUUACCUCGGGACGCAGCCUGCUGAGGAAGUCGUCCAGUGGCCGCCGCCCUAAAGAACCUGCAGAAAAAUCAGCAGAGGAGCUGAAAGUUCGGAGCCACAGCACGGAACCAAUACCAAAGUUGGACAACAAAGAGAGAGGACAUCAUGGGGCAUCUUCCUCCAGAGAGCCUAUCAAAGCUCAGGAAUGGGAUGGAACACCUGGGCCACCUGUGGUCACCAGUAGACUGGGAAGAUGCUCUGUGAGCCCCACCUUGCUAGCAGGAAACCACAGCUCAGAACCGAAAGUAAGCUGCAAGCUAGGCCGGUCUGCGUCCACAUCAGGUGUGCCCCCUCCAUCCGUUACUCCUCUCAGGCAAGCCAGUGACCUGCAACAGAGCCAGCUCCCUCAGUACUAGUUUUUCACCCACCACUUCAGAUCAUGGUUGGAGCUUUCUGAGAAGUAUUGCAGGAGGAGACAGAAGGGACGGAGGUUACUCCAGCAGAGAUGGGUAGAGCUGGCCAAAAGGGACUGCCGCCCACCCCCAGGAGCCUAGGCCAAUGAUGAUGGACCACCCCUAAAGAAUCUGGAGACAGUAGUGAUUGACUGACCUGCCGAGGAGCCUGGGGCGCAUAGUGACUGCCCACCAAGGGCAUUUGUGUAAAAAUAAAAGUGGAGGUAAUGUUUGCUUGGCUAUGCAGUCUGUUUCGGCUUCAGGUAAUAUAGGAGACACAAGAUUUGUAGAAAUGUAUAGUCUCAUCUGACUGGAACUUUAAAAUACCUAGGAGAAGACGGGAAGUUCAAGAAAGAAGUAUGAGUUCCAAAGCAUUUAGAGCUUCUUACACAACGCAUAAUACCCUCUAAAACUCGGUGAGAUGAAAAAUAGAUCUUUUCUUUCUUAAUUCACUCCUGAAUAAAUAGAGCAGUCACGGGGCAAUUAGGGGAAAGUGACAUUUCCUUGGAAUUUUACAGCAAAGCAGCCACAUAUUUUGGCAUUUGUCACAAAGCAAACCUUUGGAAAUUAGAUUGAAUUUCUGCAGCUUCCAUGAGAAAGCUAUUUUAUUUUCUUAUUUAUAAAAGCAAAACGGUAUAGGAGAAAUAUUUUGCACUUGAAGCACAUCACUUUAUCUUUUUUUUUCUUCUGUAGUGAAGUAGAAAGCUGUGUACUCAGAAGAAAGAAGUGUGAGUGCCUCUAUAGACAGCAAAUGCUGUUCAUGUGAUCCCUCCAUCUCUGGACUAUGGUGUUAGUGACCCCCAUUAAUCUGGAGAUGGGGCCAUCUCUAGUUUUACUGCAGCAGGUGAUGGGAUAGAAACUAAGGAGCAGGGCCAUGAGAAAGCCAGUCUUUCCUUCAAGGAAGGAGCAGCUAGGGUGUGUCUCCAGAGUGCCAGCUGUCUUUGGAAAAAUGUUCCCAAGAAAUGUCUGUACUUAUUUCUUCUGGGAAGGAAGGAGAUGAGAGCCACAUCCUCUGACACACACAUGCACACACACACACACACACACUCUCCCAAUAUACUUAUGCACAUGAAUACACACAAACUCUCACAUACUCUGCCCACUGUCUCACACACACAAUCACACACGAACACACACACUUCACAUUUUUUAAGUAACAGCCCCCCAAGUCAAAUCAGGGAAUCACAGAGCUAACAGUGACCUAAGUGUUGAACUGAGAACUCACCUUCUCUCUGAGGUUUGUCAAUUGUUCUAAACUAGAUUAUCUCUGAUUAUCCUUGAUGUCGGGAAGGGGGUAACAGAAAGCCAUCUGUCACUUCCUUUGGACAUACAUUUCAAAAUCUGAGAGCCCCACAUUUCUCUAGAAAUUUAAAAAUCGCCCCUGAAGCUGUUAUCUCUUGUUCCGUGGGCCCUGUGUGGCUUGAGAGCUGCCUUCUCACUACCCAGAAGAGGCCUUGCCCAGGCUGGUCCAUGCUGUGCACUUAUAAGCUGUUAUCCAGGGAAACAAGCCCAGUUCCUUUCAACUUGCCCCUUCAGGAUUAUUUC